AUGUCUGUUGGCACCAUAAUCGCAGGUGGAAUUGAGCCUCAUGCCCAAAUGGCCAUGUCAACCUUCAAGUAUCGCGACAUACUGCAGGAUGAUGAGAUCCGGCUUCUUCGACUUUUACCUGGAGAUUGGCUGGAUGACCUUGAGGCACAGUUGCACUUGGCCGAUCAGACAUGGCGGUAUAUUGCCUUGUCAUAUGCUUGGGGCAGUACUAAAAGAUCGAAUCAAAUCAUUGUCAACGGCGAAGUUAAACACAUAACCUUUAAUCUGGACAGGGCCUUGCGUGCGAUUCGUCAAAAGACGAAGCCCGUUGUAAUAUGGAUCGAUUCUAUAUGCAUCAACCAAAAUGAUGCUGUCGAAAAGGGUCACCAAGUUGGACUCAUGCAUGACAUUUUCAGCUCAGCUAUUGAAGUUGUUGCAUGUGUGGGCGAUGGCUUGGACCGCAGUCUCAAAGACUACACUCGUCGUUUUGAAAAGUUGGGCAAAUUAUCUCCAAUUACCUUUGCUGGAGAUCAGAGCGACAUACCUCUAAUCGAAAGAUCCAUUGACCUGUGGAAGCGCUCACCACCGGGAUCGUUGUCAGAGCAAGACGAGAUCAUUUGCCUUUACAGCCUCAUUUCCGCAGCGUUACACGAGAGUUUUUUCAACACCAAAAAGCCUCAACAAGAGGGAGAAGAGACAUACUCUGCGAAUCAGUGGUUCCCGAAAAGGGAGAGUCCGGCUGAUGAACACCGACUGCAGCAAAUUUCCGAGAGGAUGAGGGUAUUUGCAGUCAGUGACUGGUGGAAUCGCAUGUGGGUUGUGCAGGAAGCUUGUGUCGCCAAAAAACUGACCAUUCUAUAUGGCCGUGCUUCUAUUCCCUUCAGGGUAAUCGUACAAGGGGCUCGCGAAUUCCUAGACUCGUCCUCUCCGAAGCCCUUUGAGUUCAUGAAGGUGGUAUCCUAUAUGGCAGAGAAAGCAGACGCGAUUGAUUUCUUCCGGUUUCGAGGCUCUUUCCGCACAUCCUCCGUUGCAACCAACAGCUCUCUUUUGUGGCUCCUGAGGAACUUCCGCGACAGAAGGUCAUCCGAACCACGAGAUAAGAUAUACGCACUCCUUCGUCUUGCAAAGGAUCUCAAAAGAGAGACACUAUUCAGCCAUGUUGACUUGAACAUUGAUACAGACUACGAAAUUAGCGUAAGCAAUCUGUUCUCACAAGUGGCUUACGAGAUCUUCAAACAAACCGGCCUCAUGUGGGUGACAACGUCCGACUUGCUUGCCAAAUCAAGAAAAGACAUUCCUUCUUGGGUCCCUGAUUGGUCGUCGGAUAACCCUAUACCUGGCUUCAGUCAGCAACGUGUACGCUUUCACGGGGAACUAUUUCAAGUUUUCAACACCAGUGGUGCCAUGUUCCGGCAUUUCCAUGCCGUUGAUGGUGUCAUCAAAGAAGACGUUGUCUCACCCCAACAGCACUACGAGCGUUUGGCUAAUGGAGAGGUUGAUGUUGACCUAAGGUGGGAAACAACGCACCGCCUACCAGUCCUUUCCAUUUAUGCCACAAGCACAGGCACUUCUGUAAUGGAGGUAGAUAUCGAAGAACAACUACGCCUCGCCUUAAACCUCAAUGGGAUUUCUUGCGGGUUGAUAGAGGACAUCAGCGACCCAAUCAUGAGUGACCUGUCCAAUCUACCAGAAGUCAUACUCCAAACCAUCUCAAAGUGCUGGCAGCUCGUUCAAGGGGGGGAAUUAUUACACCGCAAGCCCCUAAUGGAGAUUCUGGCGUGCGCUCUCUGCUCUUCAAUACGAACUGAGAGCGGACCCGAUGGUUACAAAGCUCCUAGUAUUCUUAGCACAGAUCAAAUGAGACAAGCCUCAUAUUGGGCGUUGAGGCAUGCUAUGGAACACCUGCCGAAUACACGUUACUACGACCCCAGGCUUAUCAAUUUGUUUGAAGCUGACUUUGAAGACAACCUUAUUUCUUGGAUAGCAGCGCUCAAAGAAGACACAGAACUGAGCAUUUACAUCAAAAUAAUAAGAGAUCAUACGUUCUGGGACCUGAGGUCAAAAGAGAAAUUGGCGAUGUGGUGCUGUAGUCAUCCCGCGGCUGAUGACAGCACAUAUUCUGCGCAAGGAGGAGUUCGACUUUUCACUUUUACCCGAGACUUUAGUCCAAGAGGUGAAUUCGAUUCAGAUCAUUCCGUGAGACUUUGGUCUGAAGAUAAACGAUGGAUUGAAGAUACCAUCAGAGCCGUGGCGGGCGGCUGUCGCCUGUUUGUGACCUCGAGAGGACUUGUUGGCUUGGGUCCGGAAGCCAUGCGCGCGGGCGACGAAGUAUGCAUCCUGGAAGGCGGCUUGAUGCCAUACAUACUGCGGAAAAGACUGAAAAAACGGAUCAUGGCAAUGGUAGGAACUUGUUACGUUGAAGGAAUCAUGCACCGGGGGCAAGGAGAUAGCGUCCGUGGAAGCAACUCGGAAUACAUAGGUUCAAGGGAUAUGCUACAACAGCAACUGCGACAGGCUUGGAGUAGUCAUAGGGAGGAAUUUAUUCUUUAUUGA